AUGGUCGCCGCCCCCGCCCCCGCCCUAACCGCCGCGGACGCGAGGCAGGCCGCGGCGAGGAAGAAGGAGGAGGACGACGAGGAGGUCGUCUGCUUCAUCUGCUUCGACGGGGGAGACCUCGUCGUCUGCGAUUGGAGGUGCGACGCCGCAGUGCGCGACUUCUUUCACGCCUGGAUGGUCAUUGAGCGCGCCCCUCCUGAUUGCAGUCAGUGCCGCCGCCGUCUCCAAGCUGCAGAGUCCCGUUCCUUUCCGCCCUUGCCACACAUGCUGCCAUUUGAAAAAGCAUUUUAUGCUGCUGUAUCUUCCCUUGGCAUCUACAGCAAAGAUGUUUACGAUGGAAAGGGGCUAUUUAGCGCCGCUCGUGUUUGGUGGAUGUUUCGUGCUUAUGGACAUGACAAAGUCUGGGUUUUGGAUGGAGGUUUGCCCCAGUGGCGUGCUUCUGGGUAUGGCGUGGAAUCAAGUGCCUCCAGCGAUGCUAUCUUAAAAGCUAGUGCUGCUAGUGAAGCAAUCGAGAAGGUUUACCAGGGGCAGUCGGACAUGGAUAGAGGAGAUUAUUUUGAAUUAAGUUUGGGCAAAAAAGACCUGGACAGAUCAAAGAAAUACAUCCAGACGUUGCAGGUAUCACCAUAUUCCAUUGCUAUUACUAUAUUUGUAUUAGUACCCCGAUAUUAG